AUGACAAAAGUCGAUGUUAUCGAAGAUGGUGAAUUUGAUUUCGAUAAAAGUGCGCGCUCCGCGAAAAUCGUUCGUAAUUUGCCCUUCCACCAAACAGUUCGCCGCAUUAUGAGAGAUAUCGAGGAAACCUUCCAUGACAAGUACAGAUAUGUCACACUAUCUUUCUAUGUCUACGGCCUGGCCGGCUUAAUGCCUUGGAACUUUUACAUCACGCCAGAGAACUAUUGGAACGACAAACUUACGACCAAUGAUACCUUUUCUCCUGACGGAUCCUUCACCCCGAACUGGAUGCAAAACUUUUGGCAGAAUUUCCUUUCCAUCUUAUGCACGGGAGUUGUUUUCCUUUCCUCAAUCUUGCUUCAAUUCCGGCCGCAGAGUUGGAGCAAAGAAAACCUGCUCUCAAUCGGUGUGGCAGUGAGCGUGGUGCUCUUUAUCGCAACAGCUGUAGUGGGCAUUUUCGACAAUACCGGUUGGGAAGUUCAAUUCUUCUGGAUCAAUUUAGCUCUUGGAACUGUCCUCAACGCGUUUUGCUCGGUGGUCCAAAAUAUGGGAAUGGCAAUGGCCGGUUCUCUUGGCGAAACCUACGUGCGGAAUCUCUCCAGUGGGCAAGGCUUUGCAGGUAUCUUCGCGGCUCUGGCCUACAUGAUCAACUUGUGCAUCGCUGGGAGCCCAACCUCGGCAGGCAUCUCAUUUUUCUGCACCGCAGGAGCAUUUGCCCUCUUCGCUCUGAUCAACCACCUCUGCGUAAUUAAAACUGACUUCUACAAAUCAAAAAUGCUCGACGAGCCGAAUUCUAAAUCGUCCGAUGCCGAGCUCGUUUCGGAUGCCAGUUCGGAAGGAUCAUCACAGGAUCCUGCUCGAAGUCGGACAGCAAGCUGCAAUUCUGGUUCCAGCUCCCCUCAAUCGCUGAUUUGGACCAUCCAUCCUGAACUUUUCAUGAGCUUCAUAACAUUGUUUGUGACAUUGUCCGUUUUCCCUGGGGUGGCAGCGUCAGGAUUUAUCGGAAUUUUCAACGGGACAAAGAUAUUUGCAGAAAAAUGGUUCGUCCCUGUCUGCACAUUUUUGGUUUACAACAUCGGUGACACCAUCGGCCGUCUGAUGACCAACUUCUGUCAAGUUCCUUCCCGCGAUUCAACAAUUUCAAUUUAUCUCGUCUCCGCUCUUAGGCUUAUCUUCAUCGUGCUCUUUCCCCUCUGUAAUGUUCAAAGGAUGCCAUCUGCUACUCUUCCUACUUUGAUAUCCUCAGAUAUUGGUUAUGCUGUGCUAGUUCUACUUCUUGCUAUUUCAAAUGGAUACCUCACAACGCUAAGGGAGGUUUUCUGA